CCUAUACUACGCUACGAGGAUCCUAUACGUACGCAUUUACUUUCACUAAGAAGGCGAUCGAUCGAGCUCGGGCGCGAGAUAGAUGUGCUGAACGCCUUACCGUCACGAAUACCAUCGCCGCUAUCACUACCACCACGACCACUACUGCAACUCGCUCACCACUACCCCAACCAUGAAAUUCCCACACUCGCUCACUCUCAAAACCCACCUCUUCUUCCUCCUGACAGCCCAUCAUACAACAACGGCUCAACAACCCGACACCAAUGCCGUUAAAUCCUCAUCCACCCUUUCCACCGCGGCCACCUCGUCAGCGAAACCUAGCCCGAGCGCGAGUGCGAGUUCGACAACAGCGUCAACGCCGCCAAAAGCUGCUGCCACGCACAUAGUAGCUGUAGGACAAGCGGAGCAUAAAUUCAAGCCGGACGUGACGGUGGCGGAUGUCGGUGAUGUACGUCCUCUCUUGUCCUUCUUUUCACUUCCCGUCCCAUUCCCGAGCCUCCUCCUCCUCCUCCUCCUCCUCCUCCUCCCAGUCUAUUCCCUCCUUCCUUCCGCGAAUAUCCCAUCUCCAUCAAAUCAAGGCCCCUCAAGGCGCCACGAGCAAGCAAGGCUUGAUUGCUAACAUAUCUUUCUCCCCUCUCAGAUCAUCGAAUUCCACUUCUUCCCGCCCAACCACAGCGUCGUCCGCUCCGCCUUCGGAUACCCGUGCAUCCCGUACGAAAUGACGGGCUCCAAGCGCGUCGGGUUCUUCAGCGGUUUCAAUGCCGUGGACAAGAUCCCCGAUGAUGUACGUCCUUUCCGUCUGUUGGUUUUCUU